CCCAAUACCCCCCACGACGCUCUCCCGUGACUAAACAGUGUCUCAUUGGCUUUCUCCUCCCCCUCUCUGCUAUCCUCCAUUGCAAGUUGUUUGGAGCUUAAGCGAACAGCAUAUCCCGGUGAGUUUGGGGCAGAUCCUGGCGACCGAGCAUCGAUUUUCGAUGAGAACCCGACGAAUCUCAUCGGUCGCAGCCGCUGCGCGCUAGGUGGGAACUCGAGCAAGGCGAGAUCGAGGCGGGAUCCAGAGGCUAAGCUACGGUUUCCGACGCGGAUCCGGCGGUUCUCGGUCGCUGCGCGCCAGAUGAGAAUCGCCGUUGUUGCUCGGUAACCGUCGUGUUGUGUGUAGAAUCUGGUUGUUUGUCGACGAGAACCUCUACCGCAGUGAAGAGAGAAAGGUUGUUUUAGGCAUUGUUGUGUGAUGUAAUAGCAUAUUUAUAAGUUUAUUUUGUGUGCUAUAUAUUUUAGUUAGAUGCUUUUUUGACAGCACUGUUUAGUGAAGAAGGUUUGUUAUGUUAGUGAGGCAUGCAUGGUUUAUUCCGUGUGCAUAUAUGAUUACACAGUAUCGUACGAGUAAUCUAGUGUAUGAUAAAUGGUUUAUUGUGUCAGUGAACUAGGCAUGGAUGGUUAAGCAACGAGUAGAUCGAGCAAGGUUAUAUGUUUUUUUUGUUAGUUACAAGUUUCUGGUUGAUAUAUUUCUUUGCUGGUACUUCUUGGUUGUUAGUUCAAAGCUUGAAACUAAUUGUUACAUGACCGAGAAACUUAAUAGUUGGUAUUAUUGUCGUAGGUGCUAUCGUUACAUUACAUGGACAAUUGAUACUUUUUAGUUGAUAUUUUUAAUGUAGUUUAUAAUUAUUUGCAUUGUUGUAGGUAAAAUGUCGGGCCUAAUGUGGGAGCAUGGGAGAAGAUGCUAUAACUAUUUUAUGGUGUCACAAACUUCGAUUCAUGUGCUUCUGCAGCCUUCCCGUUGUGUUCCAUUUGCUUCAUCAUUAAAUAUUUAUUUAUUGCUCAUAUUAUCUAGUUAAUUUUAUUUUAUAACUGUAUAGGAAUAUGUAUAUGGAAUGGACCCACACCACAUCUAGAUGCUUCGAACUUGUCUGGAUAUUAUGACUCCGGCUGAAUAUAUGGUACAUACAUGAUUUCCGGUUUGUGUGAAGAAUUAUGUUAUGAAAAUCUUUACAUGCAGGGGCGGAGGGCUCCAUGUGGCGAGGUAUGGCCCAAGCCAUACCUUGGCCCAGCCCAUUAGCAUCUAGGUAAGUCGAAGACCUACGUCUGUGUCAAGCAUCUGUGCAUCUGUUUCUUCACCGCCGCUCGCAAGGCAGUCCGCACGCCGCUCAUCUUCUCUACGUAGCUGCGCUCACCGGCUCGCAUGCUCGCCUCGCCAUCGCUCGCCUCGAGUCCGCCUCUGCGCACACGCCAUCGUUCGACUCUACACGCUCGCCGUCGCUCGGCUCGCGCGCACACGCUCGAAUCCGCCUCUGCGCGCUGCUCUGUGCGCCGAGUGCCUACGCGGCCGCUGCCACGACUCCAUAGACGGCAGUAUUAUUAGUGUCCGGCACUUGAAGCGACAACCACUACGACCAGAUCAAAGUCCUGAGGAUUUGCAACGUUGGAAGCCGGCUCCCGGACGCGCAACUGCGCGGACUUUUCCUGCAAGCUUCUUCUGCAACCGAAGCAACUCUUCAAUCCAGAAGUGGCUGCUCCAGGGCGGCAUGGCGCCAAAAGUCUCCAGCCCGUUCCUCCUCGGCCUACCCUGGGUCGUCGCGCACGUUGGAUCCAUCAAAUCUUCCAAUGCACGCUGCGCCGGCCCGGGUCGUCACGCAAGAGGUAAUGCGACGCCGACGCGCACCCAUUAAAAGCAACCCGUCACUUAGCGUCUGAGCGUGCGUGCCAGAGCAGAGCUCCCUUCUUGCUAGCGAGUAGCGACUAGCGAGAGGUCGCCGGCGCGGCAAAAAUCCGAAAGGCGAGCCGAGAUGGCGGGGUCGCAGUCGCAGGCGAUGCUGGAGAAGAUGGAGCUGCGGCAGAGCUACCGCAACGUCUGGCACACCGACCUCACCAACGCCGUCGCCGCGGACCUCCCGUGGUGCUGCCUGUCUCUGUGGUGCGGCCCGUGCGUGUCCUACAUGCUGCGCAGACGCGCGCUCUACAAUGACAUGUCAAGGUACGUGUGCUGCGCCGGGUACAUGCCGUGCAGCGGCAAGUGCGGCGAGAGCCAGUGCCCGGAAGUAUGCCUUGCAACCGAGGUGUUCUGCUGCUUCGGCAACUCGGUAGCUUCAACCCGGUUCCUGCUGCAGGACGAGUUCAACAUCCAGACAACGCAGUGCGACAACUGCAUCAUCGCCUUCAUGUUCUUCCUGCAGCAGCUGGCCUGCAUCUGCUCCCUGGUCGCCUGCAUCGUCGGCAACAGCGAGCUCUCGGAGGCCGCGCACGUCAUCUCCUGCAUGUCGAAUCUGGUCUACUGGACGGUUUGCUCGUGCAUGCAGACGCAGCACAAGGUGGAGAUGGACAAGAGGGACGGCACGUUGAACACCAUGUCUGCGCCUCCGAUGCAGCAGAUGUCGCGUUGGUAGGUGCGAGUGAGAUUAUGUGCCGACCUCGAUACGGAGGAGGGUAGCUGCUGGAGCUGGAGGCUAUCAGCAAUCUCCUACUCUGGUUAGGACGGUCCAUUUUUCAGAUUUGGGUGAGAUACCAUGGCUAGUGUGUAAACCAUGUCCCGUUUGUUUGGGCAAAUUUUCGUGUUUAAUGAGUUGUGCAUUUUUCACAACUUCUGUUAUACCUCUUACGGCUAGAUGCCGAAAUUAGAUAUCCUAAUAAUUUAUUUUAAUUGACUACAAUAGUAUGUGCACUUGUAUUUUAUUUAGAAAUGAGACGAGAGCAACGAGUGUAGAGGCUCAA